ACUCGCGGUGUACGUCGUGUUUCGACUGUGAGAUGAAUAGACGGUCGUUUAUCGGCCUCGCAGGAGACAAGAUACCGUGUACCCUGAUCAAGAGCCAACCUGCAGGCGCUCUGGUACGACGUUCAUGGCCGCGAUUGACGACGCUGGAAGUGUAUGCGCUUUAAUGGGCAGUAAUUCAGAGUUUUUUGGCUGCACGGUAGUGGAGGAGCAAGGUAUUUGCGUCCAGACGAGGGCAACUGGAUUCAACCUGGUACCAGGACACCUCAAUUGCAUUGGCCCUAGUAAAAAACCCUACCACUCGGUCAUGCCGGUCAUGCUUACCGAUGCAAACUCCGGUGCCUGGCUUUGCACGCUAGGUGCCAUGGGAGGCAUGACGCAGGCCGUCGUCAUCGCACAGCUGUUGCUGAAUAUGAUGGAACUUGGUCUAGACCCACAAAAGUCUCUGGCGCGGCCGCGCUUUCUGGUGGGCUCCCCGAAUCACGCGAAUCCUGAUGGUGCUCUUGCGGUGGAAGCUACGUUUCCAAAGGACGUGCUACAGGCGCUCAAGCAGCGGGGCCACAGCGUGAAGGACAAAUGCGUAGACCCUCGCACACACGGCGCAGGGCAUGCCAACAUAUUGGCCAGGGCGUCGCUAUGGUCUGCCAAGGGAGAUGAGAGAGACGCGGUUGGAGUCCAGCCGUCCACCGAUGUCGGUCCCAUCUGGUGUGGUGUUGAACCUCGCAUCAGCGGUUCGGCUUUGGGAUAUUGAAAGCAUUCGUAGUUUGGCACAUUGGUGCCUACAUUGUCGUUGUGACAUUGUAUUAUUGCGUCAUGAUGACUGUAUUAAAGCAAUAUAGCGCC